GGCAAUGACGCCCGGGUUUCCUUUCUUUGCUCUUACCACAAAAUUAUAAAAGCCUCUGUCAUUUGCCCAGUCCAAACUUAGCAACACCCUAGUAAGCAAAAUAAUCAUUACAUAUAUAAUUCUCUUCUCUGCUUCUUGAUCAUAAUUUUCAUGGAUUCAUUAAGUUCAUAUUCUGACCCAAAUCCGUUCUGCGUUUCCGACAUGCCUGAGAUUACAUCGUUGAAGGGACAUUCUGACGAAGAGGUUAUUUUGGCGUCGAGUCAGCCCAAGAAACGUACAGGAAGGAAGAAGUUCAAGGAAACUCGCCACCCUGUUUAUCGAGGCAUUAGACAGCGGAAUUCAAACAAAUGGGUAUGCGAGUUACGUGAACCGAGAAAUCAGAAAAGGAUAUGGCUAGGAACUCAUCCUACUGCAGAAAUGGCAGCACGUGCUCAUGAUGUUGCUGCAUUAGCAUUCAGAGGUCAGUUGGCAUGCCUGAAUUUCGCCGAUUCUGUCUGGUGCUUGCCGGUGCCGGUUUCUGAAGAUGUUAAGGAUAUUCAGAAGGCGGCAAUAGAGGCGGCAGAACUGUUCAGGCCGUUCGAGGGGGGUGGUGGUGGUGGGACAAUAAUGCAAGAAAAUGAGAUGAAUUCUGAGGGGGUUUCAAGUGGCAAUUUGACAACAUUGGACACAACAAAAACACUAUCAGAUUGUGAUAUUUUUAAUAUGAAUAAGGAUUCAGAGACAAAUAUGGAAGGAGUUUUGUUGUCACCACAACCUCGUUUAGACUACAGUUUCGGCUGGGAUGAUUUGGAAAACGAUGAUGCUGAGAUGGUGCUUUGGAGCUAUUCUAUUUGAUGUCAUAGUAGUUUCGGAUAGUAAAGUGCGUAAAACAUAAAAAUAAAGAAGCAAGAUAUAGUAUAUGUUGAAUGGAGAGUAGGUGAGUCAAGUUGAUCUGGUAUUUGGUUUUGAAGUCCAAUCACCCAGACUGCUUAUUACAAGACAAAAAGUAAGAGGAAAAAAUAUCAGGCAAGUAAGAGUGUAAAACCGACUUAAGAGUGGUCCACAUAUCCCAUAUCCCACUACUUCAGCAACUGACCCAAUGUUUAAAAAUCACAUUUGAUAACUACCCAUGUUCUAAGGACGUGCAAAAAAAAAAAAUUACUCUGUGAUGGGCAGAGCAUUUAUAAAAUGCAUUCGGAAGGUCCCUAAGAUCAUUUUCAUGUUCAGUUUGUAUGCACCAUCUAAGCAGUGAGAAAGAGAGCUUAGAAGAGCCUUAACCCGCAGUUAAACACUACCUACAAGCUUGAAUGAGUGCGUCAAGAACGGUAAUGGCGGGAUGUUCGUUUUCGAUCCAUUUUACUCUGCAUUGAUCUAAAUGUUAUUUGGUUUAUUAAAGCAUGUUUAGAUCGCUUAAGGUGACUUACAUUUGAUAUCAGAGCCUUCGUUUUGCCUUUGCCUUAUUUGUUCUUAGCCUGUGCACAUUCUGUCGAAAAUUUUGGCAUUUGAUUUAGACUGUUAUAUAGAAACUGAGAUUAGGAAUCAUUAGGAAAUCGAUUUCUGAGAAUUUUGAUAUAAAAUAUGAGAGAUUUGGUGGUCGGAA